AUGGUUGUGAAUGGCCAAAAUAUUACUACAAUUACAAUCUACGUUGAUUUGGCAUCCUUGAACAUUUCAACACUAUGUGGCUUUGACUAUGAUACCAACUCUGCCUGCCCCAACAUCUCGGCCGCCAUCAACAGUUACCGAUCACUUCCAAAUCAACCACUGACCAACACUAUUCUCAACAUUGCUUUGGCUGGUGGACAGUACUGUGGUCUGGACGGCAACUCGGGACUCAAUGUCAACUACCUCAAUGUGACCAUCGGACCAUCGCCAUACAAUACGCAGGGUGAGGUGAUCAUCGACCUCUACCACCCGCCCACCAACAAGUACAGCGAUGGCUUCUUCAUCUACAUGGUGUCUGCCAGUGUGUGCACGCCACAGACCAACAUCACCCUGAACAAUCUCACAUUGACCAAUGGUACCAAGGGCAUCAACUCAAUGAACAACAACGUCAACAUCAUCCUCAACAAUGUGACCAUCACCAACAUGGUUACAUCAUCACAGUUCAACUAUGUGAUCUACCUCGCACCACCAUACAAACCAUGCUACCUUGGCCAACCUUUGCCAACACUCACCAUCCAAGGUGGAGGAAUAUUCAACUCUGGAUUGCCAAACUCAGACGUCGACCUCAUCAAUGUUGAGUCCUCAUCACUCACCAUAUCCAACUAUGGAUUCUACAACAACACUGCCAACACCUUGAUCAGUACCUUCUCUGGUCAUGUGUCAAUUGAGGGAUCAACAUUCCAAAACAACUCAAUAACUCGUCAGUUGUUGUGGAUCUGCGCCCUGAAUGGCACAUCCUUGAUCGCAGUGGACAACAGCACCUUCAUUGACAACCAUGGAGUUUGGACCUUUGGAAAUGAAUAUCUAUCAUUGGUCUACAUCAUGUCGGGCAACUUCACCAUCAACAACUCUAUGUUCAUCAACAACAACAACUAUUCAUUCUUGAUCAGUGUGGACUCGAGGAACCUGUCCAUCACCGGAUCAACAUUCGCCAACAACUCUUUGAUCAACGACCCCUACGAGACCGUGUUGAUCUCAAUCGAUGCCACCUUUGUGAUUGACAACACUACAUUCAAGGACAACACUGCAUCUACUGAACUGGUGCUGAUCUGGUCCCAUGGCACACUGUCCAAUGUUGUGUUUGGCAAUGUCGACGGACUUGAGGGCUCGGCCAUUGAAUGUCAAGGUGGAUAUGCACUAACUGUGAAUGACAUUGACAAUCAUCUCGGUCGUAACCUGUUUGGAUGUCAUCAAUCAAUGUUUGAAAAGUGCAACAUUCAAGGUAACUUCCAUCUCAGCUGUCCAAUGAAGGAAGGUGAGCUCAUUGGAAUUGUUGUUGGAUCAGUCUGUGGUCUAUUGGCAAUCAUCAUAAUCACAAUCUUGCUUGUCAAGAAGUACAAAAAGAGGAACCAAUACAAGGCAAUUCAAUAA